AUGCAGGUAGCGAUCAUAGGACGACCAAAUGUUGGAAAAUCAGCACUGUUCAACAGGUUCUCACGUUGCAAAUUAGCCCUGGUGCACAACACCCCAGAGGGCCAUGUCACCAGAGACUACCGCAGGGGAGUGGGCAAGCUGGCCGACCUGCGCUUCAUGGCUGUGGACACCUCAGGCCUGGAGCCGUUCAUGGCGAAGGGGAGCAUCCAGGAGAGGGCCACGCGCAUCACACUGGACGUUGUAAGGCGGUGCGAUCUGGCGCUGCUGCUAGUGGACGCACGCAGCGGACUGGUGCCCGAGGACGAGGCGCUCGUGGCCUGGCUCAGGAAGUGCUUGACUGCGCCCGUCCUGCUGGCCGCCAACAAGGCCGAGCGCAGGGGCCGCAGCGGCGUCUCUGGUGUCAGUGACGCGCUGUCAGAGGCUACCAGGCUGGGGCUUGGCGAGCCAGUGGCCAUCUCUGCUGAGACAGGUGAAGGUUUGGUAGACCUGUACACGGCCAUGCAGCCAAUGAUAGAUAAGAUCAUUGAGGAGCGGGCAUCACAGAGAGAGGAGGCAGCGCCAAAGGCAAGAUCACCCGGGCUAGCCGGGGAGGAUGACACGGAAGGCCCACAAGACAUGAAGAUUGCCGUCAUUGGACAGCCCAAUGUGGGCAAGUCGACGCUGUGCAAUUAUCUGCUCGGACGGGAACGCAGCUUGACAGGUCCAGAACCGGGGCUGACGCGCGAUGCCGUGGCGGAGGACUUUGAGUGGGAGGGCCACGCCAUUGAGCUGGUGGACAGCGCCGGCUGGAUCCGCGACGCCAAGCUGCCCGAAGACGGCUGCCGGGGGGCGGUGGCGGGAGGGGCGCUGAGGCAGGCGGAACACGCGCUCAAUUUUGCGCAGGUUGUGGUCCUGAUGGUGGACGCGGCCGUCAGCACGCAGCUGGGUGCCGGGCUGACGCGGCGCGAGCUGGCGCUGGCGAGCAGCAUCGUGCGCGAGGGACGCGCUCUCAUUAUCGCCCUCAACAAGCUUGACCUGCUCUCCCCCCUCGAUCGGGACAAGGUGGUUGGCAGGGUGGAGGAGCAGGUGAAGGAGAGCCUGCCGGAGGUGGCGGGUGUGCCCUGCAUCGGCGUGUCGGCGCUGACGGGGGCGGGCGCGGGUGAGGUGCUGCCCACGGCGCUGCAAGCCUUCCGGGUCUGGAACCAGCGCGUGCCCACAGCCCGCCUCAACCGCUGGCUCAUCAAGGCAGGCAUUCUCUCUAGCACAGAGUACAGGGGGACGGCGGCAGGGCGGCAGGUGAUGCGGCUGCGCUACGUCACGCAGGUCUCUGCGCGGCCGCCCACCUUUGCCGCCUUCAUCUCGGGGGCCGAGGAGCUGUCGGACAACACCACCAAAUUCAUCCUCAACUCGCUGCGCGCCAAAUUUGGCUUCCCAGGCGUCCCCCUGCGGCUGCUGGAAUUGCUAGAACGCAUCCAGGAACCAUUCGAAUGA